AUGAUAUUUGAUAUUACACCGGAAACUGCUUUGAAAUUUACGAAAAUGAGUGUUAUAAUAAUGGGCUGUUGGCCGCCCCCUUUAAACGCAACAAAAAAACAAUUACUCUUGCGUGACAUUUAUUGGUGGACAUCGUUUUUAACCGCUACGUUCUUACUUUUAGCAUUAGUUAAUGGGAUUUAUGAGUAUCGUCAGAAUACUUUAAUUACGAUACAAACUACGUGCAUUCUAGCAGGUGUCUGUCAAAUGUGUAUAAAGAUGUUGAUAUUGAGAAAGCAACGUUGGAAAUUUCAGUCGCAGUCGAUAAUCCUGGAGAUGGAAAAUUUCGUAAAACGAGCUAACCCUUUGGAGAAAAGAAUAUUAAAAAAUUACGUAAAGAGAUGUGCGAUUUUUCAUUUAAUUACAACCAUUGGCUUUUACGUGAUUUGUUCAGGUCUUAUUUUAGGACCGGCGAUAUUAUCCCAACCAUUGCCAACAUACGCCAAGUAUCCUUUUAAAGUUGAUUCGCAUCCCAUAUACGAAAUAAUUUACUUUCACCAAGGAUUCGUUGGAAUUUUAGCAUCCGUCGGUGGUACCAUUGAUUGUCAGGUUGCAGUUUUAUUGUGGUUCACCUCGGCAAGAUUUGAAAUUUUGUGCAUAGAAUUAUCAAGAUUUAUCAAUUUAUUCGAUUUAAAUUGUUGCAUACGUAAACAUUUGCAUUUGCUAAGUCUAUCACACGUUUCAUUUUUGUUACGUUUCAUUUUUAGAUACGCGAAGGACGUUGUUUUAGCUGUACGUUAUAUCAUUCUUAUAACUACUUGCAUAUCGGCCCUGAUCAUGAUAUUUGGUGGAUUACAACUUAUUUUUGCGAAAUCAACAACCAUGAAAAUUCAAUUCGUCAUUCUCGUUAUUGGUGCAGCUAUUCAAUUAUUUCUAUGUUCUCAUCCAGCUGAAAAUUUAGCAGGAAUGAGUAUAGCCAUUGGAUUAUCGGUAUAUAAUUCUAAAUGGAUUGGACAAUCAACAAAAGUAUUGAAAAGUAUAUGCAUUUUGAUCCAAAGAUCUCAAAAACCUGUAAUUGUUAACAUCGAUGGACUUUUACCAGCGUUAUCUCUAAAAUAUUACGCUUCGUUUCUAUCUUCAUCAUUCUCGUACUUUACAACGUUACGUGCUGCAGUCAUUUAAACAAUGGAUCAAAUAGAUCAAUUAGAUAGAUUCUACUCUUCUAUGGAAGAAAAUAAAACGCCAUAUUGUGUUUGUCUUUGUGUAUUCCUCCAUUAUCUUGAUAAAACGAUUACAAACCGUCGUAAUAAUUCUAGAAAAUGA